ACUUAUUCUCGUUUCAUAAACCCAGUUGAAGACGUUAAGAGCUGCUGGAACAAAACUUUCUCUAUUUUUUCAUAUUUACUUAAGCUUUUUGCUUUUUGGAUUAUUCUACUGCGCAAUUCCUCUAGAGUAGCCUGGAUAAUCGAUUUUAUGGUAGAAGAAAGACAAUUGUUUUGGUCGUUGGAGUCAAAUUUCUCGGCAUUAUAUUUUCUUGUGAUGUAAAUGGAUUUGUUUACUAUAUUUUAAGGUCUUUCAUACACUGAAAUGUUCAAUUGCCAUAAAUUAUUGAAGUAAAUAUUUUGACUAGUAUUAUUAACAAUAAUAUUUCUCAGACAUUGUAUUCAAUGGAAAAAAGGAUAUUUUAAGAGCGAAGCUAUCAAUCUAUUCUUAGUAUAUAGAAUAUACAUGUUUGUUAACCCCGACACAAAAUACUCUUUUUUUUCUUAAAUGACAGUUUUUUGUACUUUUAGUGAGUAAAUCUUUUAAGAUUUUUUCCAAUCCGCUUGAUAACUGCACAAAAUUGAAUAAAUGUUAGAAAAUUGAUAAUUUAAGAGAGUAUUUUUUUACCCUCUAAUCAAUUUAUUUUAGAAUAUAAAUAGGAUAGGAAUAUUAGAAAACAGACUUAAGGGAUUUUGUUAAUCAUGAAUUUGUAUUAGAAGCUGUUGGAUAUAUACUCUAAAUUAACAGAUAAUCAACUCUACAAGGAUAUUUAAAGUCUGUUGGGAAUAUGAUAAAAAAGGAAUGUUUGGAGGGAAAAUAAUGACUCUACUUAAGAAGAUCAAUAUGCUAUUCGUCGUCUGUUUAAUGUACGAGGGAAGUGACGGCCACCGUGAAGUGAAGGGCUGUGACAUCGAAAUUUGGGACCAUAAAGAACAUGGUGUAAUGCCCAUUCAGCCACCUUGUAUGGCCGGGAAGAUCACUUGGAAUGUGCCCAAAGGCGCUUUGAGGAUUCAUUUGGGCCUGUCUCAAUUACCAAUUGAACUUGAAAAUCCUGCAAAUACAUUUGCAGAUAUCUGCUUUAAAGCUGGUGUCAAAGCCGCUCAUUUACUUCUAUCAGUUGAGGAUAGCGAACAAAAACGGACUUCCUCAUUAAGGCAUAAAAAUUUACUCAACGAGCGUUCUCACGGUACUGAAAAGAGUUCUCGACAAAUUUGUUUACGAACCGCGGAUAGCUUGGUUCUAUUCGCUCAAAUCGUACCAGAGUUUAUAACAAGUUUGUACGGCAAAGUACGAUUAGAUUACGAUGUCAGAGAAAGAGAAGAUAAUGAAGGUAAAUAA